AUGGCGUCCAACAGCAGCAGGGACUUCAUGGACAAAUCGUCCCGGUCUUCCACGGGUCACAUCCCAGAUAGGAUUAUCGUCGGCAUUGACUACGGGACCACAGCAACAAAGAUCAGCGUCAUCCCUGUCCAGGGUCAGGGUCGAGACAGUCUCUCGGACGUUGAAUUCAUCGACACGUGGCGGAAGGCUUCGGCAGCACGCAAAGUCCCUUCCAGCAUCGCAUAUCAGUCCGAUAAUUCAUCGUUCUCCAUGCGCUCGCCAUGCUGGGGGUUUGAGAUCGAGCAUGAAAUGAAGGCAUACUCCUGGACAAAGCUUCUCCUGGAUGACCAUGUGGAACCUGCCCAGUUUGACGACCAGAUUCUGAGGAACACGGUUUCCCGGGGCAUUGUUCGCCCGGGUCAGAAAGAGCCCGUCGACGUCGUUGCCGACUACCUCAAACACGUGUUGGACUAUGCGUGCCGCUUCAUGCGUUUGCAAGUUCCGGGGUUCGGCCAAGUCCCCGUCGACGUUCGCUUUGCCGUUCCCGCUACAUGGUCCCAGAAAGCGCGACAAUUGAGCGAGCGCGCAAUGACCCAUGCCUGGGGUGACAGAGGACCACAGAGCACGUUGGCGUUUAUGUCCGAGCCUGAGGCGGCUGCGGAAGUAAUCUACCGGCAAUUCGGGCCCCAGCUCAAGGCUGGAGACGGGAUUUUGAUCUGCGACUGUGGCGGUGGAACCGUGGACAUUGCGGCCUAUCUGGUGACCGAUUGCCUAAAUUUCAACUUGCUCAAGCUCACCAGCGUACAAGGGGGGAAAUGUGGCGGCACGGCCAUCGACAGUCGACUCUAUGAUCUGAUGAGGCAGCGGCUCCCCUACACAUUUGAUUCCUUGAAUCACCUCAUUGCCCCUAGGAGCGAAUUCAUGACCGCAUUUGAAGAUGUCAAACAGCAAUUUGGUCUGGAUGUGCCCCGGAAGACUCAUAGAUUACCACUUGAGCCAAGAAGACUAAGGGAGGACUGCACGUUGCCAUACUAUGACCCUGAAACUAAGACAUUUACUCUUUUCCCCGAGGACAUGCAACAUUUGUUUGACCCAGUUAUCGCUAAGAUCACUGCCUUGGUUAGCUCGCAGGUCAUGGCUGCAGAUAUAGCUUAUGGCUCACCAGUGAUUAAUCGAAUCUUUCCUGUUGGCGGAGUAGCCUCCUCGCCGUACAUUCAGAAAGCACUGCGCGGAUGUUUUGAAAUAUCAGGGAAGUUGGCCGUGACUGUCCCUCGCGACCUAGAUCCAGCACUCGCUGUCGCCACCGGAUUGGUACUACAUGGCCUACGGACCCGCUCCCGGGAUGUGUUCGACAGUCCUCGGCAUUAUGGGCUCCGGUCUUGCCGGUCACCUAUCAUGGUGCCAUGCGGUGAUGGGAACGUGCAAGUGCGGGCCGAGGAACUGGUAUCGUGGGUGGUCGCCAAGGGUGAGGAAAUACACCAUGAAGAGACCCGGGUUCACACCCUCUAUCGGCUAUUUGCAGACCACGAAACCGCGGUGAUGACAAUACCCGUCUAUUCUUGUGAGGAAUGGCACCGGCCUGACACUGCCCAGUCUGAUGUGGUCGCACACGCCGGGUUCAUCGUUGCGAAUCUCUCGGCCCUUGAUUUGAGCAGAUUCUGUUGGGAGACAACCCAGGAAGGCACAGUCUGCCUACUGGAGCAUCAUGUCCAGACCGUCUUUGACGCCAAGAGGGAGACUUUACACUUUACCGUGAUGGCACUCGAUACGAUAAUCGGUACUCUAUCUCUUCCAGUACGGCGGUGA